AAGGGAGGAGGAGGAGGGUGUUCUGCGAAGAUUACCUCCAUGGAGUGGAAUCCCAACAAGCUCCUUUCGUGGGGUUUCUCAGGACUCGAGCAGCAGAAAGCAGAGCUCACCAUGGGCUCCUUGGUCGAGCGCAGCCGUGGCCUCGGAAGCCAGACUAGCGAAAUGGAUUGCUCGGUUGACCUCAAGCUUGGUGGUUCAGCUGGGUUUCGUCCACCGGAGAAGUGGAGAAGCCAGGCCACGACGGCGACGACAAAAGCAGCAGCGUCCGGCCCGCCUCGGCGGGCACGUGCGCCGGGCAACGCUGGGCAGACGGCGGCCUGCUUGGUCGACGGGUGCAAGUCCGAUCUCAGCAACUCCCGGGAGUAUCACCGGCGCCACAAGGUGUGCGAGGUGCAUUCCAAGACUCCGGUGGUGAUGGUGGGCGGCCAGGAGCAACGCUUUUGCCAGCAGUGCAGCAGGUUUCACCAACUGGAGGAGUUUGAUGAGGUGAAACGAAGCUGUAGGAAGCGAUUGGAUGGACACAACAAACGCCGGAGAAAGCCACAACCAGGAUCCACAAGUCCCGGGAGCCUAUUUCCGAAUCAUCAAGGGAGCAGCAGGUACUUGAUGUAUCCUCAUCUACUCCCGACACCAAGAGAAGAGCACAACUGGCCUGCGAUAUAUACCACUCACCUUCCCCUCCAUGCCGUCGACAGCCAACAGCAGUUGUCUGUCCCUUUCUGCGGCAACCAAGACGGGAAGCAGCUCCCUCUCCUGCAACAUGGCAACACUGCCUUCGGCAGGACAACAAUGGAACCACCCACACGCCAGCCAUUCCUCAAGACAGAAAGCAGCAGCAGCAGCAACAACAAGAUCCUCUCUCACGGAGAUUGUGCUCUCUCUCUUCUGUCAUCAACUCCAAGUCCAGGCGUCGCCGUCGGCAUGGGCCAAAUGCUGCCUGCCGGAAGGAUCCCCGUGCACCAUCAGCCUCUGGUUUCUUCUCUUCCCUACAACCACCUCGAUCGAUAUGCCAGCUCUCAAGCUUCAAGCUACGUUUCGCAAACAGGGUUCUCUUACUCGGGGUUUGAGGAUGCUGUGCUUGUUGGCGAUGCUGACACUGACCUCCACUGUCAGAGCACGGUUCAUGUAGGAGGUGAUGGCUCCUCGGUCGGGGCCUCGCAACCUCUUCCCUUCUCUUGGCAGUAGUAGUAGUCUGUGUUUGAUGCUGCGCUUUGGUGAUUCCCCCAUCCACCACUCUCAAUAAUAAUGUUAACUCCUUGCAUGGCCAAAUGUUCUUCUUCUCAUUGCAGAGAACAGACAAAGAAGCAGAAGCAUAUAGCAACCAGAGAGGAGGCUAAUAUAUAGCUAGCCAGCUUGUCUUGGUGGGCUUUCUCUACAGGUUUAUGAUCAGAUUUCUCAUUCAGAACAAAAGAACACACCUGAAAUUGUUGUAGAUUUGGAUCUUAGAGAUGGUCAUCUUCAUAGUUAACCAUUAACAGGCCUGAUAUUAUCAAUGGAGACAACCUUUUCGUUGA